GACGGAGCGUCGGAGGACGGGCUGAAAGGAGCUCAGAAGUCACCCUUCACCCUGAUGGGGUUUGGUCCUGGCUGGUCAUUCCUGAUAUCCAACUGGGUCUCCAAGACUUUGGGUGAUGGAGAAGCCUCCUGGCUUGGUGCAAAAGGGGGUGGUGCUGGGAAGCCUUAAGCUAUGGAUUGAUUUUUCCUUGAUCCAAUUACACCAGGUCCCCAUGUGAUACCUAAGAAGCAUCAACCAACCUCCCUACAGAGAACGCCAGCAUCAAUCAAGUCCUGCAAGCACCAGCUACCAGCCCUGCAGUUAUUUAGAAGGACAUUUUCACUACAUGUUAUUCAAAAAAAACCCCUUUCCCUAGGGCUGUUGUGAGGGAACCUCUCAGGCUGAGAACCCCAGCUCAUUUGGGCAGGAUCUUGGUGGAUGUGUCCCACUGGCAGAACCACUUCUGCCCCUUCAAGCUAUUCAUUGACUCAAAGCAUGUUCCCAAAGCUGUGCCAGAGGGGAAGAAAAACAAGGAAAUGCACGUGUCAGGCUGUGCCGAGGGCUGUGCACCACAGGGUGCAUUAAGGAAGUACUUAAGGAAGCUCCUUGCUGGCCUGGGGAGACAGGUCAGAGCCCGUGCGUGUUUCUGGCUGAUUGCACUUCUCCUGGCAGUCGUCAUUUUUUGGCCCACCUUGUAGCCAACGUGGCAGGCUCCAAGCUCCUCCAAGCUUCCUGUGCCAGAAGGAGCUGUUUCCAAUCGCAGAGCUUGGAUGAAUUGUUGGACUUGCAUCAGUAGUAGUGAAGAUUCUCUCACCUCCGGUCCGUCCCCAGCUGCUGGCCAGACCCCCUGCCAGAGGUCACCCUUGCAGGGGUGGCUGCCCCAUUCCUGGAAGCGUUCAAGGUCAGGUUGGAUGGGGCUUGGAGCAUCAUGGUCUAGUGGAAGGUGUCCCUGUCCAUUGGAGGGUAUUUGGAGCGGGAUGAUCCUUAAUGUCCCUCCCAAACCAAACUAUUCUGGGAUUCUAAUAACUUCUUCUGACACCCAGUUCGAACCUCCCUUAUUUCAACUUAUGCCCAUAUAGGUCCCUCAGAGUAUAAAGCAGAUAUGAGUGACACCAGAACCAGAUUCCACAGAAUUUUAAUAAAGAGGAAAGAAAUCCUCUGCUGGAGGGUUUUUACCUCCUAUAGUAAUUCUUACCCUUAAAGCCAACCUGCAGAACCAAGGCACACACUGUGCCCUGAGGGUGAAAAAUGUAAUUUUACAGUUCUCAGCCACAUUCACCCACGUCAGGAACUCCUCCAGAAAGCUCAAAGCAGGAAACUUAAAGGAAGAAAGAACAAAAGAUGAAAAGAGAGACUCUUAAAAAAAAAAAAAAGAUGAGUAAUUCAUUUAAGACCUGAACACAAGAAGGAAAUGUCAAGCCAAGAGCAGAAUGUCACAGUACAAGAAUAACAACAGUAAAACAAAGAAAAAGAGAGAACAAGAGUGUGAGAGGAGGUGCCUGGGACACAGGAGGAAGAGGAUGUAUAUCAUUUUCUUACCAGCAAAACAAACACAGUGCCAACUGAGCAAUGCCAUUGUUGUGAGCACUAGAGAAAUACCCCAGCACUGCAGGGCCGUGUGCGUCACGUGAGUUUAUUUUAACACUUACUAAACGUGGGCAAUUUCCUUCCUUGACAUUUACCAGGUUAAAAAACUGUUGUGUUCAAGUGAGGAUCUGCAUCUGCCUGGAGUUCUCAUGGAGUGAGCGACUUUGCCCAGGGCAAGGGACACUCCUGAUAAAUGUGGCCACUCUCAGGUGGCAUCACUGCCUGCACUCCCCUUGGGUGACCACAACCCCCUGCAGCACCCCAGACUGGGGACAGAGUGGCUGGAAAACUGGAAAAGUCCCUGGAGGUGCUGAUCAACUGCAGCUGAACAUGAGCCCAGGUGACAUACAAAUGGCUGAGCUACACUCUGGGAGUCCAUGUCAACCAGGCUAAACAGAUGCUGUAUGAUUAUGUGGAGAGGAAACGGAAGGAGAACUCAGGAGCUCAGCUUCAUGUCACCUACUUAGUAGCAGGAGACCUCCGCCAGAAUGGACACGUGCAAUGAAGUCUAAGCUGUCCACGAUUGCGAGUGUGCAUGUGUACAGCAUUCAGAAGGCCUUGCUCAAGGACAGCUCCCCACUCUACAACACUGACUAUGACAUUGUCAAAACAAACCUGCACAACUGCAGCAAGUUCAGCGCCAUCCACUGUGACGCCGCAGUCCGCAGGAUGCCGCCUGACAUUCCCAGAGCACAGACGUCCCUGCAGGGCAGUUCUCAGAGGGAAAAUGACACGGAUGCUCCCAGCGCUCCUGCCGUCAAUGGCCACGGGCCGCCGGCUACCAAACAACCCUCGCAGCAGCACAAAGGGAUCAUGGGAAUGUUUGCAGCCAAAGCAGCUUCCAAACCCCAGGACACAAAUAAGGAGACCAAAGCAGAGGCCCCAGGUGUCUCCACAGCAAGCAGCAAACCACCAACAAAAAACAACAUCAUCAACAACUUCUUUGGGAAAGCUGCUAUGAAUAAACUCAAAGUCAGCCCUGUGCCUGAGCAGCCAAAGGAGGAGAAAGAAGUAGUCAAGCCUUCGGUUGCUGUGGCAGAACAAGAGUCAUCCCCUAAUCCUAUAGUAGAGAAACCUGGGAAGAGAACAGAGUCUGCUAGAAUUCAACAAAAGGACAGAAAAAGUAAAAUGAAGCGUGUGGACAGGUCGGAUAACGAGGAGGAAAGAGAUCCUGAGAACACGAAGAGAAAGAGGAAGCGAAUCAAACAACUUGAGUCUGACAGCAGCGAUGAGGAAGCAGAUGUCCCACCACCUCCCACACCUGAGGAAGAGAAAGCUCCAUCUCCACCACCUAUACCUGCUCUGAAAACUGAACUGGAGCCUGCAGCCAUGGAGGUGUCAGCUGGAGGGAGGAAGAGGAAGAGGAAGCGUGUGCUGAAAUCCAAGAUGUUUAUUGAUGAAGAAGAAGGCUGCAUGGUGACUGAGAAGGUGUAUGAGAGCGAGUCCUGCACAGACAGCGAGGAGGAAUUCCCCAAGCCCAAGCCACCAGCUGCACACAAACAGCCUGUGCUGCCCAUGAAGAAGGAACCGAAGGAAGAGAGGAAGACCCUGAAGAAAGGAGCAGCUCCUGCCAACAGAGCCAACAAACAGGUCUCCAUCAUGGGCUUUUUCCAGAAGAAAUGAACUGGAUCUUUCUCCUGGUCCUCUUGGCAGCUUGGGGGAGUGUAGCUCCCCGUUUUUGCAUGUCUCUCUGCAAGCAGCUGCUGCUGCUGGGGGAGGAGGACAACAUGCAACCCUGGGUUACAUAAGGGAUCCUGCUUACUGUGUAAGGAAGCCCUCUGGACUAGAUUUUGUAUUAGAGAAAAGCUUUUCUUUGUUAAUGCAAUAACUUCAGUCAUCUUCGCUAAGCAGUGUGGGAACUGCCAGCCAGAAGCAACAUCUAGAGGAACUCUUGGAAGACUGUUAAUCUGUUCACAUGAAAUUAUAUUUUUUUAUCUGGCCUUUCACCUGUUUGUUGCUAAGUUAGGAGAGGAGUUGUGGCAUUCUUCUCUCUUUUUACACCCUCAGCUCUCCAGAUUGUUCUGAAUGUUCACGUUGGGUAGAAGCCGUAACGUAGCAGGUCCUCAGACACAGGCACAAAUAUUGAACAUCUGCUUCAGCUUUAACUGAAUGAAAUGAAUUUAAUUUCUCCCCUAAGACUGGUAAAUAGUUUUUGCCCUGCCUUUCAUAACCUUUUUUUUGGACAAAAAAGUGCAUAUAAAACCCUGUUACUCUUGUCUUCCUUGAAUGUAUCCCCUGUAAACUGCUCAGAUGCCUAAUUAUAGACCACGACACUGUUGGUGCUCUGGCUUGACAAAAACAGCUUUGAGACUUCCCACCCAAUUGGCUCCAGAGGAAUUGGAGGAAGGCUUUGUUGUUGUUGGGAAAGCAACUGGAUCUUUAACCUUAAAGGCUGAUGAGUGAGAGGGGAGAGUGAUUAGAGGGCACUGCUGAUAACACCAGGCAGGCACCUGCUGCAUUUUGGGGUUGGCAGGUUUUGGGUUGCCUGAAGUGGUUUUUACAGGCAUGACCCAGACAAGAGAAGAGUUUUCUGGGACACCUCAUCAUCUGCCUGCUGAAGGACGUGUGUCACAGCACAUGGUCCUGAGGAACCUCAUUAACGGAGAGCAGUAAAUCACCACCGGCCUGUUAAUCAGAAAGGAGCUGUUGUUUUGGGUGCCUCCUGCUUUUCUGAUGCUUAAGUUGAUAGACAGAUGUAAAAAGCCAGAUUUUCCAGAGGGAUGGAUGCUGAGCAUUUCUGAAGCUUGGGCCAGUGAGUGUUCCUGAUGUCCAACCAGCGGUUGGUUGAGUGGUGUUAGGCUGACAUGUGUAUGGAUAUGGAUGUACACACGGGUUUAUGAAGCGUUUGUGGUUGGCAGAAUGAUAGAAUCUGAAGAGUGUGACCAUGGAACAACUGCCACCCAGCUGAAAAUGUCCUGACCUGUGGCCAGUGAAAGGGCUGACUGAGUGUGUUUACAGUCGUUCUGACCUGGAGAUCAGGUUGGGGACUCGGGAAAUUUGAGCACACACCGGUUGUGACCAAUUGGCUGGAUUGAAGUCAUGUCGCCCAAGGCAGUUUGUAACCCCAAAAGGUGUGAGAGGAUCCACUGCAAACCAGUGGCAUCACUGGGUUUGUGGCACUGCUGUGUCCUGGGGAAAGAAAAAACAAUCUUGUUCUGGCUUAAGGAAGACAAUUUAAUUAUUAGAAGAAAAACCCACGAUAAGUAAAUAUCCCAUUAAACGCAGAUAUUUUUUUCUAUUGUCUAUAUUCAUUAAAUGGUUUGUCACAUCCUGGUUUCCAGGGGUCAUUAUGAUAUUUGACUGCAUGGAAAUCAAAGAUGUUUCCCUGGUGAAGCGUGUAAAGAGUUCUUCCAUGAAAACUGGAAGCUUUAAACUGAGCGUUGUAGUGCACCUGAAAUCUCAGCAGGAUUUGUAUUGAAUUUGGACCCCUGCAGUCCUAUUCCCCUGGCAGAUGUUGACAGGACAUGGUGUCCCAGUGCUCUUGCUCCUCACCUCUGCCGUGGUCUCCCUGGAGCUCCCUGCUCCACCCCUAUAUUCCCUCUAUAACCAGAUCAACGUCACACGCCACUUCCUCAGGAAAAUGACUUAAUGUCUGAAGGAGCAGGACCUGGGCGAACUUCAGACUUCCAAAAAUUAUGAUCUAAUACUCCCCACUCCCGCACUGCAUGGUCUGCCAGCCCCAGGGGGGCCUCAGGUCCCUGGAUGCCCCCUCAGCCGAGGCUGAAGUGUCCCCAGACACUGCCUGGGAGCAAGAAAAUGGAGCUGGUUAGAGGGAGAAGGCUCCUUUGUAGGUGGAUGUCAUCCAUUUGUCACCUGGGGGCUGGCAGGGGGUGAAAUGUCCAGGAGCCAGGCUCUGGCUCUUGGAGCAACGACCACAUCUCCUACCUCAGGAUGUGGUAUUUGAGGGGCUCAGGGUCCAAAACCUCCUACUGGGAGAUACAGAGGUCUUUGUGUAUGUGUGAUUUAUAACUGGAGAUCCAACUCCAAGGGCAAAUCUUUUCCCCCUGGAUCUCCCCACCAUAUUUACACCCCUGGAAGAGCCUCAGAAGAGGCAGUGGGAGAGGGUAUUUGUUCAUGUAUUAAAUAAAGUGUGGUUUAUAGUG